UUGAAACUUAACUAGUGAAAAUAAAAUGAAGAAAAAAUAAUAGCGUAUUCUCCAUUCAAUUCAUACUCUCACUGCACUGAAUGAAACAUUCCCACAAUAUGUGGACCGACUUGAUUCUGUAACUACGAUAAUGUUGAGUCUGAGACCGAAAUGACGCCUGGGGACAUUACAAAAGGAGCCUAGAGAAUCAGUGGCUCCUGAGGACCAGAGGAAUAGCUGCCAUGGGCGAUACACUGGAGUUCAGUGACAUUUACCAGGAGGUUAAAGGGUCAUGGAAUGACGGCCGCCUGCGGUUCGGUAGACAGAGUGUGGUGUAUAAGAGCAGUAAGACAGGGAAGGUGGACAGCAUCCCAGCUGCGGAGCUGUCUCAGGCCCAGUGGAGACGUGUGUGUCUGGGACAGGGCAUCAAGCUGACCACCAGCACCGGGCACAUCUACAAAUAUGACGGCUUCAGAGACACGGACUUUGAGAAAAUCUCUGAGUACUUCAAAGCCCACUACAAAGUGGAGCUGUCAGAGAAGGAAUUGUGUGUGAAGGGUUGGAACUGGGGCACCACCAAAUUCUCUGGCCCUCUCCUGUCAUUCGAGGUGAACGACAGCCCAGCGUUUGAGAUCCCCCUGGCCAGCGUGUCCCAGUGCGCCACGGGGAAGAACGAGGUGACACUGGAGUUCCACCAGAACGAUGAGGCAGAGGUGUCACUGAUGGAGGUCCGCUUCUACGUCCCGCCCGGGGACACUGCCACCACGGAAGAGGGGCCAGAACCCGUGGAGGUGUUUAGAGACAGUGUGCUGUCCAAGGCAGAUGUGAUCCAGGCUACAGGAGAUGCUGUGUGUAUCUUCAAAGAGCUACAGUGUCUCACGCCCAGGGGCAGGUAUGAUAUCCGUAUCUACCCUAGCUUCCUCCACCUCCAUGGUAAGACAUUUGACUACAAGAUCCCCUACACCACUGUGCUACGUCUCUUCCUGCUACCACACAAGGACCAGAGACAGAUGUUCUUCAUGAUCAGUCUAGACCCGCCCAUUAAACAGGGGCAGACACGUUACCACUUCCUCAUCCUGCUCUUCUCCAAGGAGGAGGACCUCAGCCUCUCCCUCAACAUGACAGAGGAGGAGGUGGAGAAGCGUUAUGGGGGGAAGCUCAGUAAGAACAUGUCAGGUUCUCUCUAUGAGAUGGUCGGCAGGGUGAUGAAGGCUCUGGUCAACAGGAAGAUCACCGUGCCAGGAAACUUCCUGGGUCACUCGGGCACCCAGUGUAUAACGUGUUCCUACAAAGCGUCGUCAGGCCUGCUCUACCCUCUGGAGAGGGGUUUCGUCUACAUACACAAGCCCCCCGUACACCUGCGCUUUGAGGAGGUGUCGUGUGUGAACUUCGCCAGAGGCACCACCACCACGCGCUCCUUCGACUUUGAGAUCGAAACCAAGCAGGGCACCCAGUUCACCUUCAGCAGCAUUGAGAGAGAGGAGUAUGGGAAGCUUUUUGACUUUGUGACCGCCAAGAAGCUCAGCAUCAAGAACAGAGGAUUCAAAGAGGGUUUAAAGGGUAAAGAUGACAUGUUGGAGGACUCAGACGAGGACCAGCACGAUGCCUACUUGGAGAGGAUGAAAGAGGAGGGCAAGAUCAGAGAGGAGGCCAAUGACAGCGAUGACUCCGAUGGAGAGAGCGAUGAGUCUUUUAACCCUGGAGAGGAGGAAGAUGACAUAGCGGAAGAGUAUGACAGUAAGGCAUCAGCCAGUGACAGCAGUGCAGAGGGGGGAGACAGUGACAGAGAGAAGAAGAAGAGACCAGCCAAGAAGGCCAAAGUAGUGAAGGAGAAGAAACCACGCAAGAAGAAGCCGAAGGACAGUGGCGCCCCCAAGAGGCCGAUGAGCGCCUAUUUCCUGUGGCUGAACGCGAGCCGCGAGAGCAUCAAAGCAGAGCACCCUGGGAUAUCCAUCACAGAGAUCUCCAAGAGGGCCGGGGAGAUGUGGAGGGAACUGGGGAAGGAGCAAAAAGUGGAGUGGGAUGGGAAAGCGGAGGAGGCGAAGAAGGACUAUGAGGUAGUGAUGAGGGAGUACAGAGAGAGUGGAGGAGGAUCCUCUGCCCCCUCCAAAAAGGAGAGGAAAAAGAAGGGAGGGAAGAGUGAUGAGAAGAAUAAGAAGGGGGCGUCUAGUGGAGGGAGGGAGCGAGAGAGGGAGAGGACGACAGGAAUAGACAGCUUUAAGAGCAGGGAGUUUAUCUCCAGCGAAGAGAGUUCCUCAGAGUCAGACAGAGGCAAGGGCAAACGCAAACGCAAGGGUUCAGAUGAAAAAGAGGAGGAGGUGGCCUCGACCCCACCUAGUUCCGACUCAGGAUCAGACUAAGGCGCGCCUGAGAGGAGAGUGAGAAAGAGAGGGAAGAACAUGGAGAGGGAAAAGAGGGAAAAGUGUGGAGAGGGGUUGUGAACUCUCUACCGCCCUCCGUUCCUCUCUCUCAUACGCUCAUUCUAUUCUAUUUUAAAGCACAGGAAUCAAGUUUGAAGAUAAUUCAUACCGAUGUAUUCAAAAAUAUUCUGUCCGGGAAUUGUAAAACUAUCCCCCUCAUCUCAGGAAGCGAAAUACUGAUUUUAGCCCAGUGCAAAAAUCCCAUAACCUGGCCAGUGUCAUGACUACAUUUCCCAGCUACACAUGCAUGACACUGUCUGUUGGUUUAGGCUGUGAACAACUCAGGUAAAAAACCUUGCCUGCUGUGAAAUGUAGUUUUCCAGAAUAUUACUAAAUUAAAUAUUAUAAGUAAAUGCUC